AAUCUGUACGGCUUGUUGACUGUACGUUACAUUCGCUAGCGUUAGUAAAGUGUUUUCUAAAUUAUUAUAAUGUCCUCAAAGACUGGAAACUUCAAAAAUCCAUUCCAAAGACCAUGGAUGACAGAAACAGGGGCAGCGGCAGCGGCUGGCGGUACAGGAUCAGUUGGUUUAAAAGGAGUGGUGGCCGGCGGUAUAACUGGAGGCAUUGAAAUUUGUAUCACAUUCCCUACGGAAUAUGUAAAAACACAACUGCAAUUAGACGAAAAAGGAGGCACUAAGAAGUACACAGGCAUCUUCGACUGCGUAAAACAGACAGUAAAGGGCCAUGGUUUCUUCGGAUUGUACAGAGGGCUCAGUGUGUUAUUAUAUGGAUCUAUACCUAAAUCUGCGGUCAGAUUCGGCGUAUUCGAACAAGCUAAAUUGUAUAUGUUAACCGAAAACGGUACACUAACGAACACUGGGAAGUUGGCGUGCGGUUUAGCCGCCGGCGUAGCGGAGGCGAUCUUCGCCGUCACCCCCAUGGAGACUGUCAAAGUGAAAUUCAUUAACGACAUGAGGAUGGAGAAACCUAGGUUCAAAGGUUUCUUCCAUGGUGUAGGCACUAUUGUAAGGGAAGAAGGCUUAGGAGGUGUAUACAAAGGUGUGACGGCAACUAUAAUGAAACAGGGCAGUAACCAAGCGAUCAGGUUCUUCGUGAUGGAGUCUCUGCGCGAUUGGUACAAGGGAGGUGACAAAGACAAGCCCGUACCUAAAUACAUUGUUGGACUGUUUGGUGGCAUUGCAGGAGCCGCAUCAGUGUUCGGUAACACCCCAAUAGACGUAGUUAAGACCCGUAUGCAGGGACUUGAAGCUGCCAGGUACAAAAAUACAUGGGACUGCUUUAUCAAGACGUGGAAACAAGAGGGACCACUCGCCUUCUACAAAGGUACCGUGCCAAGACUCAGUAGGGUAGUGUUCGAUGUAGCUAUCACGUUCACUAUAUACGACAGUAUCAUGGACGUAUUCAACUAUGUAUGGAAGUAGUACAAGGAAUAAAUCUGAUAAGGCCUCCUUAGUAUGUCAAAAACUACUUGCCCACAAUGUAUAACAAACAUAUUUGAUAUAGCUUGAUACAUCUGUUAAGUAUUAACACUAUCAAGUAAGUAAGAGAGAAAACAGAAAGCCUUUAUAACAUUGUUUAACAAGCAACCUGUUAAAUUUAUAAGCGUGCUUAAAAAGCACAACGUAACAUUUAAAUUUACUUAAGUAUAUCAAUUAAUAGCUAUACUGCACU